GCCCUCCCUGCAGGCGGGAGGCAGGGCUGUCAGCUCCACUGAGCUGAUCCCAACCUGCCGCAGCCGUCGCAAACAACAGGAAGCCUCGCUGAGCUGAGGCCACCCACACUACUCCGUACCUACCUAGGUAUCAACCACUCACCACAUGUCAAUGUCAACAAUCUCUCUGCAACCUUGGAAUCACCCAGGUAGAACUUACCAGCACACACACACACACAGAGGCCAAUCAUGAUGAGCUAAGUGCUCGCAGUGGACUCCCACAAUCCAUUCAACCGAUACAGCAGCCAUUGAACUGGCACGAAUGAAGACACAACCUGUCUCUUGGCUCCCAACAGCCAGCCAUGUACUGGCCCGUUGGCACACCUCGAGUUUAUGCCACCAGCAGCACCCAGACUGCCAACUUCAACCUCGUCGUCUCCCAUGAUGGCCUCUCUCCUCCCCCGGAUGCUUAUGAGGAUGCCACAGACAAGGCUGACAAGGCUUCCCUCCUGACCUCGGACUCCGCCUCGGCCUCGAGCUAUGACAUUGUCCCACCCACUCCCGUCACCCCAAUAACGCCCCAGACACCCGCCAUCAACUCGGUAGAGCACGCUUCGCUCGACUCGGCCUCAGAAGCUUCCACAAGCAAUGAGCCACCCCCUGUUCCUGCGUCAAUACCGCUCAAGGAGCCUAUCCUGGCCCUGCGCGUUGCGCGCCUCGGUCACUUGUUUGCCGUCAUCACUGCGACUUCCAUGACCAUAUGGCAGGCCAAGCCAACUGUCAUACUUGCUGUCAUUGUUCGAUCCGAAACCUCCCUCGAAACCUACGGCACCAACCUCGAUCUCCUGCUCAGACCCGACUCGGCCAUCUUCGUCGUGCGCACCAGCCAGGGCUUCCUCAUUACCUAUUCGCUAGCCACCGAUCCCGAGUCGCGAGUAUACAAGCCCUACUUCACCAGCCAUACCAAUGUUCAGCGACGGCGCCAAAGCCACUGGGGUGGCCCGGGACAUACUGCUCCUGACCAGAUACUCUGGGGCGCUGGGGAGGGCCAGGGCGUUCGCGAUAUCAGCGUGCGAUUUCGCAUGGUCAUCAAGGUAGAUGCCGGCAUAGUGAGUGCCCUUGCGCUUGAUGACGAAGUGGUAGUGGCCACGCGGAAGCCAGCCGCGGUACAGUGCAUACGUUGGAGUCCAGACAGUUCGGGCAGCCAGACGAGCACCGAGCUCCUGAGCAAGAUGGUGUGGCUCGGAAAGAAAGUGACCGUGAUCGAGAUGACGAAUGACAGGUCGAUGAACCUCUCGACUUGGAUCACAAGUGACGGCAAGGCUUACGCCGUCCAGCGGACGCCAAAGGGCCAACCUAACCCAGAGACUGGUGAGAUGGACCCGAAAAGGCUGUUCAAGGGCCAUUGUUUUCAUACCCCACAAGGCAAACAAGACCGUGGGACACACGCCGUCAUAAAUGCACGAUUUUCCCUCAUAGCACUCGGAUGCGAAGACGGCGCCAUCCGUGUUUAUACGGUCAGAGACUACUCUGGCAACGUUCCUUCGUCUCACAUCCACAGGCUGUCUGUGUCGGAUUCCCACUCAGGCGCAUUAACUACCUUGAGCUAUUCUCCCGACGGGUACUGUCUGUUUGCAGGUUACGAGAAGGGAUGGGCGACAUGGAGUGUGUACGGGAAGCCUCUUAGCAGCAGCUUCGGGGUCGACCAAAAUCUCGUGUCUAGGCACGAUGAGCACUGGAUCUCCGGUAUCAAAGACGCCUCGUGGCUUGGAGGCGGCUCAGAGAUGCUCAUGGUCGGUAUGAGACACGAGGCUCUCUGGCUGCUGGAGAUGGCGAGAAGCGCCGUCACGGGGUGCUACAGCUCCUCGAACAUUUUCCGGACUGUGCUACAGACCACCUCGAGCGUGAUGAUAUACAGAGGGUACGAUCUACCAGACAUGAGUACCAUCUCAGCAGAGCCUUUCCUCUGGCACACGGCAAGGAUGCCCGCAAAUUAUCUGUUGAACCAGUGGCCAGUACGCUGCACGGUCAUAUCGUCAGAUGGACGUUAUCUGGCCGUUGCUGGCCGGCGUGGCCUUGCUCAUUACAGCGUCAACAGCGGCCGGUGGAAAACAUUCUCCAACCCAGACAUGGAGAAUGAAUUUCAAGUCAGAGGUGGCAUGUGCUGGUACCAGAACGUACUGGUGGCUGCCGUAGAAGUCCAAAAGUCCUACGAGCUACGACUCUUCUCGCGUGAGAAGGACUUGGACAACGCAUCUAUCGUCUACGUGCAUUCUAUGCCCGCACCGGUAGUCCUCCUCACCCCCUCGGGAGAAGAUUCGCUUCUGGUAUACACCUACGACAAUCUCCUGUACCAUUUCAUAUUCGCUCCUUUCGGCAACUCAGUUCGCCUCGUGCAAGUCGGCCAGAUUGCCUUCCACGGCAUUGUCAGAUCUCCUGCUAGAGUACGAGGCCUGAGCUGGGUAUUGCCAGAACAUCACCUCGUCGAAGGUGAUCCUUCUCAGGAUGUUGCUGUCGCAUCAGUAUUAUUUCUGGUGGACGGCAAGCUCGUGUUGCUGCAACCUUCACUGAAUGACGAAGGUCAGCUCAAGUACGACAUGCGCGUCAUUGCGCAGAAUGUCGAGUAUUACGUCUCCAUGAAGGACCAGCCUUUUCUGGCCCCGAUUGGCCCACCUCGCACUAAUAUUCCAGCAGAAGCGGAGAAUGAGGACUUGUUCAACUCUCUGUGGAUGUUCGACGGUGGUGAUCUGAAGGCCUGGUCGGAUAUGCAAAAGGUCCUGAACGCAAUCUCAGGCGACAACCAGCGCGAACUCCCUCCACCUGUUGCUAUAAGCAUAGACUUCUACCCACUCUCGGUCCUACUCGAAAAAGCCAUCAUCCUUGGCGUUGAGCCAGAUCUUGUCCAGAGGAGGGAUAUCAACUUCUCAUUCUUCCGCUUCUCGAUACGGACAAACCUCUUCCUGCCUGAGAUCCUACGCUACCACCUCAUCGCCGGAAAGCCAUUGGCAGCUCUUUAUCUGGCUCAACAAUAUCAGCAUCUUGAGUAUUUUGCGCACGCGCUCGAGGUCCUUCUUCACCACGUCCUCGACGAAGAAGUGGACAUGUCGCCGUCCCCGCCUCCCGAGAGCGCAAUCCUCCCUCGCGUCCUAUCGCUGCUCUCGUCUUUCAAGGAGUAUCUGGACAUCGUGGUCCAAUGCACCCGCAAGACCGAGGUACGCUCCUGGCGCACUCUGUUCGCCUACCUCCCCCCGCCGCAGGAGCUCUUCGAGGAGAGCCUCCAGCGGGGGAGCCUCAAGACCGCCGGCGGCUACCUCCUCAUCCUCCACACGUUCGACGAGCUGUCGUCCGCGUCGGAGCAGAGCGUCAGGCUGCUGAGCAGGGCCAUGAGGGAGGAGGACUGGGAGCUGUGCAAGGAGCUGGCGCGGUUCUUGGCCGCGCUGGACGAGACGGGCGAUACACUCCGCGAGGCGCUGGAGAUGGCCAACGUUCGGAUCGCGACGGGGAACAGGGAGGGCGAGGAGGGCAUUGGCGGGUCGCUCGUCGCGCGGCUUGAAGUCCCGCAGAGGAGGGCGCUGAACGGUUCGGGAUCCGGCUCCGGCUCCGGGUCUGGCAAGUCGAGCAAGGCGGGGAGUCCGGUUGGUGGAACCGGUGGGAGCCCUGGCGGCGGUGGUGAACUGUCGGAUGCGAGCGCGAGCGUUAGUGGGGAGAGCGAUGCUGGGACGGCGAGAUGAGGCUGACCACUGUAUAUCAGCCGAAACAAAAGGUUUAAAUGGGCCAAUUGCAUGAUAUACCACGCAUUCAAUACUUUCGGGUGUCAAUGAAAACAGUUGCUCCCUCCCUUGAGGUGAGUAAUGCAAUUGCAGCAAAGUGUAAGUGCAGGUUCCGGCCCCGGAAGGACGCUCUGUGAUGCGGAACCGCGGGAGCCUACGUUGCCAUGCUUCUUGAGAAGGAUUUGUCAAUUUCCAAAUCUCUGGCUGCCAAGCGCAGUGCCUCUAUAUCAUACAUACAUGCCCAUCCAUCUAUCUCAUCCCGAUAUCCUGUCCCCGAG